AUGGCUAACUCCAUAGCUCUGGCAUUUGCAUGCCUCGCCAUCGCAGGGGUCUUCUUCAGAUUUACCGCAAUCAGGAAAAAUGCUAAGAUUGCAGAGAGCACCGGCUUCAAGGUCUUCUAUUCUCCGGUGUACAUGAAUGAGACAUGGUGGCUGUUUUUACACAAAUUCAUCGUUCCAUUCUUGGAGCUGCUGCCAUCUCCGCUCACAAGACCAUGGCUCAAAACAGCCCAACGAUGGAGGCUUUGGCAUUACUCCUAUGAGCCGUUCGAAGAGGCAGGAAGCGACACCAUCGUGAUGGCCACUCCAUCCGUGAACAUGAUCACAACUUGCGAUCCUGUGGUAAUAAACCAGAUCGUCUCUCAGCCAAGGAAAGUUCAGCAAGAUCCCAAAAUCAUGAAGCUGUUGGCGAUUUGGGGCGACAACAUCACAUCUACGGAUGGAGAAGAAUGGAAACACCAUCGAAGAGUCGUCAAUGCAGGAUUCACCCCUGCUAUACAUGCCAUGGUAUGGGAAGAGGCAUCUGAGCAGGCUCAGACAUUGAUUGACCAUUGGGCAACGCUGGGCUCCGUCGUUCCCGUCGUAAAGAUCUGGAUGUCGAAACUUGCGCUUCAUGUUGUGUCGGCCACCUUCUUCCAUAAGAAGCUGACGUGGAAAGAGGUGGAUCAUGUGCCCACGGGACAUCAAAUGGGGUUUGAGCAGGCUCUGAAUACUGUCAUUCGGCAUUUACAGCCCAUAGCCUUGCUGAAAGCUCGUUUGAAGUGGCUUCCGUUCAAGACUACGCAAGAGGCCUACACUGCGUUUAGUGAAUGGACAGCGUAUAUGAAGGAGCUGCGCCAGAUCGUUCUUGAUAGACUCGAUGAGACGGCGAAGAAGCCUAACAAGAGCUUGCUUGAAAGCAUCGUAGUUGCCGGGGCGACGGGCGAAGCGAAAGAUGCACUUCCAGAAGACCACGCUCUUGGCAACCUGUUCCUCACAGCCUUGGCCGGCCACGAAACUACUGCCAACACAAUGGCGUUCACGAUCCUGUUACUCGCUGUAUACCCGGAGUGGCAGAGGCGAGUGCAGGAGCAGCUCGAUCAGCAAUUUGAUGGGCGAGAACGGCUGCAGUGGAGCUUCGAUCAGGACUAUCAAGCUCUUCAGAAAGGGCCAGUAUGGGCGGUACUCAAGGAGUCCAUGCGGUUGUACAACGUCGUACAGCACCUCUAUCGGAAGACCGUGGCGCCGACGACGCUCCUAGAUUCACAGGGCGUGGCGCAUGAAGUACCAGCUGGUACACUCUGUCAAUUCAAUCUCGGCGCUAUCUGGAGAAACCCAAACCGGUGGACUUCUCGCACUGCAACAGACAAGCGAAGGGAAAAGAUGCGCAACUGUCCAGCACUGGAUUUCGACCCCGAGAGAUGGCUCAGCAAUUCAGACCUCGUCAAUGAUCAAGACCUGCAUGUGCCGCGAUUCUUUCCCUUCGGUCAAGGACCACGACAGUGCCCUGGAGAACGCUUCGCCAUGGUUGAGAUGACCUCCGUCUUCGCAACAGUCUACAAGAACUACUCGGUGGAGCUGGUCGUUUCUCAGGAGAAGCUCAAAGCAUGUGGCGGUGAUAAGGAGGCCGCUUGGGAAAGUGCGAGAGAGGGCGCUAUCAGGACACUGAGUGAGGAUAUUGUGUCCAACAUCAAUCUGGAGCUGUGGAAGGAGUUGCCGAUUCAAAUUGUCAAGAGACAUGGCUGA